CCCAGUACAGAGGCAGAACACAGCACUGACCUUUGUUUCCCUCCCACGUCGUUGCUUGGAAGGCAGGGUGUGCUGACACGUUUCCGCAGCUGCGACUGAAAGGGCAGUUUGUGAUUUGGUGAAGUGUAUGAAUGUGCUGUGAUGGAAACAAACUAAAUAGUCCUUGUUACUACACGUAUUUUACGCGUACUGCAUUUUGAUUAGUGGUUUAUCCGGCACCUUCGUCCUCGGUCAAAGAAGAUGGGCAGCGGUAGCAACAGGUGCGGUAUUUUCUUAUUCCUAGUGUGGACACAUCUCGUAGAGUACUGGUCCGUAUUUUCUUUCACGAAAUUCGUGCAGCAAGAAUCGUCAUGUGCUGUUAAAUGUGCAUUCAGUCUGCGUGCAGUGCCGACACAGACGUAGACGCCCUGCUGCAGCCGUUCCCUCGCCUGCCGCGCGAGCUGGCAACGCUGCCCCGUGACGUCAGCGCUGGGGGUGGGCAGCCGGCUGUGUGCGCGGUCCAGUUGAGACGCAGCAGCCUGGAGGGAAGCAGCGUGCGACGUUGUCCUGCCUACCGAGACAUAGCUUGUGUAUCUUGUGUCUGCACGGAAAUACCUCAGAAAGGACCACCCACCAUGUCGGCAGUUACGGAGGUUCAGAACACCACAACCGAGGCCCUGGCCGCCCUGCUAGACGGGGGUGACGGCGCCCUGGUGACGCUGGUGGCGGGCGAGACGAGGGUGGCGGCUCACAGGGCCGUGUUGGCAGCCGCGAGCCCCGUGUUCGAAGCUUUGUUCGCGCACGACAUGCUGGAGGCCAGCUGCGGCCAGGUGAGCAUCGACGACGUGGAGGGCCCGGUGCUGAGGCUCCUGGUCGCCUACACGUAUACCCUGCAGGCCCCCCAGCUGCCCGACACGGCCGCCCAGCUGCUCUCGGCGGCCGAGAAGUACGGCUUGUCGGGCCUGAAGGCUGCCUGCGAGCGGCAGCUGAUCUCGCAGUUGGCCGUCGAGACCGCAGCGGCGACGGCCGUCACGGCAGUGAGGCACUCGUGCCCGGACGCCACGAGGGCUGCUGUCGCCUUCAUAAAGGACCACCCGCAGGUGAUGGCCACGCGGGGCUGGGCGGACGCUGUGCUCGAGUACCCGCAAGAAGUCAUUGAAGUCAGCAGUAUGCUCGGAGAGCCAACAGCAGAAGCCAGCUCGUCGACUGCUACAGGGGGCGGGUCCACCGCCAACUCUGACAGUCAACCCCACAGCGGCCACAGCCCGACUCCUGCUGCAGCUGCGCCUCCCACGUCUGCCCGACACACCCCUCCACCUGAUGACGCAGCCGUCUCUCGCUUCCGGAGCCUUUCUGAGGAGGAGCGAGGCAGGAGGCUGAUAAAGGCGGCUCACAAGGGGACGGUGGAGGAGGUGCGGCUGUUGCUCGCGGCUGGGGCGGACGUGGCGGCGAGGGACGGGGUCGGGUUGACCGCCCUGCACUGGGCUGCACAGAGAGGCGACGCGGCUGUGGUGCGGCUGCUGCUCUCUGCGGCGUCCGACCCCGACGCCACGACUGUGCUGGGGGAGACGCCGCUGCACUUGGCGGCAUACUGUGGCCACGCAGAAGCGGCGGCUGCGUUGCUGCAGGCCGGAGCCGACAGGGGGGUGAGGGCUACUGACUGGAGGACCCCCCUGUACAUCGCCAGGCAGUACAACCAUCAGGAGAUCGUCGAGAUGCUAACACAGAGUUAAUACGUGCCACUAGA